UGCCCGGUUCACCUGGAGCGGAUCCCGUGCCCUGGUCUCCGUGUGUGUGUGUGUGUCCGCGCCACCUCCUGGUCAACUGCUCCACGUUGGCAGACAAGUGCAGGCAAGGAGGCGGCGGCAGCGGCGGCUGCGGUCCCGGGGGCUCGCUGGCUCGCUCUUUAUUGUAUUACUAUGAUAGACCGACAUUAACCCUUCCCACCUCCCCCACCCCCCCUCUCUCUCUCUCCCCCUACUCCCUCUCCCCCUCUCUCCAUCUCUCUCUGUCUCUCUCUACCACACACACAGCAAGCAGCGCCGACGGCAGCCACGGCGGGGAUGGCUGUACGAGACGCCUUGCAAGCGAUCCUGUGCUGCCUUGUGACCGCUACCGUUGCCGUUGCCUGGGCGGAGAUCUCCAAGGAAGGAGGAGGUUGCAAGGUGAAGACGGUCACCGUGUCCACCCUGCCCGUGUUGCGGGAGAACGACAUCAGCUUCCACGGGGCGCUGGCGGCCGAGUCCAAGCUUUACCUGUUUGUCCGCAACGACCUGCCGGGCGAGAUCUCUGUCGCGGAUGACCUGGAGAAUACGGAGCUGCCGUACUUCACCCUGGAGAUGACCGGUACAGUCGCGGAUAUUUCCCUGGUCCAUUGGAAGCAGCAAUGGCUGGAGAAUGGAACCCUCUAUUUCCAUGUCUCGAUGACCAACGUUGAGCACCUCUCCCAGAUCACUCCGCCAACCCUGCGGGAACCCUCCGAGAUCGUGGAUGAGCAGAUGCAUGUCCUUCACGUCUCCGUCAUGGGCGGGCUGAUCGCUCUGCUGCUCCUCAUCCUGCUCUUCACCAUGGUGCUGUACGCCCGGCGGAGGUGGUGCAAGCGGCGGCGGGUGCCGCAGAAGAGCGCCAGCACGGAGGCCACCCACGAGAUCCACUACAUCCCCUCCGUGCUGCUGGGGCCGCAGGCCAGGGACAGCUUCCGCAACUCCAGGAUACAGGCCCACAACUCGGUGGUGGGCAUGCCCAUCCGAGAGACCCCCAUCCUGGACGACUACGACUGCGACGAGGAGGAGAACCAACUGCGGCCCGAAGCGUGCAACCGAGACGAUGACUUUGGAAGCCAGGUGACCCGCACACUGGAGAGCCUGGGGAGAGGAGAAGAGAAGAAACCUUGUUAUGCAGCUGCCGAUGUGAAUCAACAUACAGUGCAGUCAUUGAUGCAGAGGUUCCAGGAGAGUUUUCGGACAAACACGCCCAUUGAGAUCUCGCACUUGCAGCAGGCGCCGCGCAGCACAUCCACGGGACGAAAGAAAGGAAGGAGGAAUAAAAUGAGAGGGAGUGGUAUUCUCAGAGCGGAAGAGGACUCUGGCACAGAAGCGGAUGAUGAAACCCACCUCACUUUCUACUCUGAGCACAGGGGGAGGAGAAGGAGCAAAGGAUCGCCCAGAAGCCCCUUGAACAGAACGGCCCUUACUUUGAUCACUGUGAGCAGCUGUAUUCUAACCGUGGUAUAUGGAGGCCACUUGACCUGCCCUUUGAUGGUGAAGGUGACCCUACAUGUCCCAGAGCACUUCAUUGCCGAUGGAAGCAGCUUCGUGGUCAGUGAGGGAAGCUUUCUGGAUGUUUCCGACUGGUUGAAUCCUGCCAAGUUAUCCUUGUUUUACCAAAUCAACUCCACAUCUGCAUGGACGAGAGACCUUUGUGGGCAAAAGACGUUGGAGCCUUGUGAACACGUCUGUGAUGAGGAAACUGGUGAGUGUGGAUGUCACGAUGGUUACAGUCCGGAUCCAAUCCACAAGCAUCUCUGCGUGAGAAGUGACUGGGGCCAAAAUGAAGGGUUAGUUCGACCAUGGCCGUACACAACGCUGGAGAGAGGUUACGAUCUUGUGACAGGGGAACAGGCUCCGGAAAAGAUAUUCAGGUCUACGUACAGCCUCAGUCAAGGCUUGUGGCUGCCAGUCAGUAAGAGCUUUGUCGUGCCUCCAAUGGAGUUGUCCAUCAGCCCACUGGCCAGCUGCAAGACUGAUGUCCUGGUCACAGAGGACACGGGAGAGGUCAGGGAGGAAUCCAUGAGGUCCACGUAUUUUGAGACCCCCGAUGACCUCUUGUCCUCGUUUGGUCCUGUGCGCGACUGUUCCAGGGAAAACGGAGGCUGCACCAGAAAUUACCGCUGCGUAACGGAUCGGAAGGUCGAUUCCACCGGAUGCGUGUGUCCUGUGGGUCUCAGACCCAUGAGGGAUGGCUCUGGGUGCUUUGACUACACCAAAGGAAUUGAUUGUUCUGAUGGAUUUAAUGGAGGCUGUGAACAGCUUUGCUUACAGCAGACAGUGGCCUUAACGGAAGACCCCUUGUCUACCAACAUCCUCAUGUUCUGUGGCUGUGUGGAGGAGUACAGGUUGGCAUCCGACAGCAAGUCCUGCCUGCUCCUCUCGGAGUCGUGCGAUGGUGCCAAGUGCCAGAAGCUCGAUGCCAAACUCAACGACACGCUCUUUGUGGAAAUGCUGCACGGCUACAACAACAAGUCUCAGCAGGUCAAUCAGGGUCAGGUCUUCCAGAUGACCUUUCGGGAGAAUAACUUCAUGAAGGACUUCCCUCAGCUGGCUGAUGGUUUGGUGGUGAUUCCCCUUCCUGUGGAGGAGCAGUGUCGAGGAGUCCUCUCUGAGCCACUGCCCAACCUCCAGCUCCUCACCGGUAAUGCAAAAUACAAUGAGGCAGCAGGCUAUCCCAUGGUGCAAGAGUGGAGAGUACGAAGCAACCUCUACAGGGUGAAACUCAAUACAAUAACCCAAUCCGCAGGUUUCUCCAACGUGUUGAAGAUACUCAAGGGUGAGAGCAACAGAGAGGACAUGAUAUCCAUCAUUCAGCAGUACGGAAGCCACUACAUUGCUGAGGCUCUUUAUGGUUCGGAGCUCACAUGCAAAAUACACUUUCCGAGCAAGAAGGUCCAGCAGCAGCUCUGGCUCCAGUAUCAGAAAGAAACAACUGAACUGGGAAACAAGAAGAUCAUCAAAUCGGUCCCCUUCAUUUCCUACCUGUCGAGUUUGCUGGGAUCCCAGAUGCUGUCCGAUGAGCAACCGAUAGCCGGCGUGGAGAUUGAGUGUGAGGAGAAAGGGCAGUGUCCUUCGACAUGCCACCUCUGCCAUCGGCAAGGCAAGGACCAGGCCAGUCCAACUCCUGUACUGCUGGAGAUCACCAAUAUUAUCCCGCUUUACCACUUGAUCGAGAGCAACAUCACCAAAGAGGCUUUCAAGACUGCGCUAAUGAGCUCCUACUGGUGCCUGGGGAAGGGUGAUGUCAUUGAUGACUGGUGCAGAUGUGACUUGAGUGCGUUCGAUGAAGACGGCCUCCCAAACUGCAGCCCGUUACCCCAGCCUGUUUUGAGGCUGUCAGCAAGUGUAGAGCCAUCGAGUACCAUGAUAGGCUUGGAAUGGCAAGAUGCACAGCCCGCUAUCGGAACAAAAAUAGCAGAUUACAUCAUCCACUACAAGAAACUGGACGAUUACAUCGAUCCAAACCUUUAUGCGGGGGAAUCUUUGAGCUUUGCCGAUGACCUUCUUUCAGGCCUGGGGUCGACCUGUGUGGUGGUGGGGAGAAACCACGGGCUUGCCUCCGACUCUACCACAUACUCCUUAAUCUUCAAGUGCCUGGAGCCGGACAGUUUUUACAAGUUUACACUGUAUGCCUUGGACAGCAGAGGGAGGAGAUCGGAACCAAGCACAGUCACCACACGAACAACCUGCCAACUGGUUGACGACAUCAAAGCUGAAGAAAUAUCAGAGACAAUCUACAGUCUAUUUAAUGGUUACACCAGUGGGAAAGAGCAGCAAACAGCCUACAAUAUGCUGAUGGAGAUCUCGUCCCCCAUGGUAUAUCGAGUGAUACAUCAUUACAACUCACACUAUGAAAAAUUUGGAGACUUCGGGUGGCGCAGUGAAGAUGAGCUCGGUCCAAGAAAAGCGCACUUGAUUCUAAAACGGCUGGACAGCAUAAGUGACCGCUGUGCAUCAUUGCUACGCAGUGCCUAUAUUCAGAGCCAGAUGGACUCAGUUCUCUACUUCAUCUGUCGAAUGGAAGAGACCAGACCCACGGGGAUGGUCUGGUACAGCACCUUACACGACGCAAAGGUGACUUGCGACGAGAAGCUCAUGUCUGUCCCCCGCAACAUCUACGGAGACGGCACAUUGUGGUGAGGCGGCUUCGCCAACUGAACUGUACUUUCAUCUUGUGCUCAACUUUUGACAUUCUAAAAGAAGCAAGGCAAAAAAACAAACAUUAAAACGGAUCUUCAUCUCAAACGAUAGUGCGAACUCGAUCAGACAACACAUGUGUAAAACAUAAGCCUUCCAGGCUUUGGUGCUUGUCCAACUGUUGUUUAACGAAAGACAAACUGGAAGUACACGAUUGUUGAUCUGAAGUGCUCAAUUGCGAUCAGCAGUCAAGUGAACAAGGAGGUUGUCGAGCCGAUGCAUAAAUUAGUGAACUGACCAAAAAUUCCCGGGAAGAUUAUUAUGAAAUGAUGUAGCACAUUUUUUGUUUUGCUUAUAAUAAUUUGACCGAUGAAGUGAAUGCACAGCAUUUUAACAAAAUGAUACAGAGUAACACGAGGAAUACUGGGGUCUGUAGAAACUGAAUGGAACGUGGGCGGAGUAGAUCAUUUUAUCCGCCUUAAUUGAGAGCAGAAUUCAGCCCAGUGACCAGGUAAAGAUAACUUCUCGCAGUUCAUUCACAAAUGUAGUCAUGACAGAUCAUUCACGAUUCUCGAUUUGCAAAAGUCCGAUUAACAAAUCACUGUUGUAAAUAACAAGAGGCAAAAAGUACCACUAAAAAACGCCCAGUCUUUACAGUGGAGAGACUGAGGGGGAAAAAAAGACAGGUGGAUCAGAAAAGAUUUUCAUUGUUGAUUGAGGAUGUAGUCUAUAGUGAAUUAUACCAGCAGGAAGCCUACAUUCUUUGCCCCUCUAACUAACUAAUAAAUGCCUUUGAUAACCCAACUUGUGCAUUGGUACAUAAUGGUACGCAACGAUGUUCUACAAUGCAUACCAACUUAAUUUUUCUGAUGGUAGCUGUAAAAUGCUGGCUUGAAAUUUCCUAACAAUGCUUUAACCUAGACCUUGAAAGUAAAUAGAAUAAAUGACUUUGAAAAGUGAAAUGGUUUCCAGUGACAGUAGUAGUUAUCUUAUAUGUUGGCUAUUUCUUUUUUGUUUUUGAUUAAGUACAGAACCAUGGACACUGAACAUAUCUUUCAGAAGAUAUUAGAGUGGAGCUUUCACCUGGUUCCUCCAGAGUUAUCUACCAAUAAAGGAGGUAUUUAUAGAUAAAGUAAUCGAUUCCCUUGUAUGCGUUGAUGGAGUAAGAUAUAACAGGUAUUUUAUUUCCCUCGAAGAGGGCAUAUGAUCUAGAGCAUAUAUAUAUAUAUAUAUUUAUACAGUCA